CCUAGUAUAUCCGCAUCCCUCCCCUUCAUCCCCUCUACCUAUCUUCAAACUUCUCACACCUAGUUCACUUAUUCGCUCCCCAUUCACGAAUAACAACCAAAAUACGCAAAUGGGUGUCUUUUUGACUUUGCUCCCCGUCCAGUGGCCACUUCAUCUGUGAGAGGUCGGAAUACUCCUCCUCUCCACCACAAGGAUUCGGAACCCACCAACUAAUCAUGAUCUCCGUCAACGCCGAGGUUCCUCCAACACCAACUACCAUUGCUGGUCGCUUCCUAGCUCCUACCACCCCUGGAUAUCCUACUUUUCUUUUAAACUCAACCCUUUGAUAUGAAUGACGACUCAGGCGUCCAGUUUGUGGGCGCCCGGUCUAGAAAGCGACCUCACCAGAUGUCCGGAUCAGCCCGAAAUCGCAGCCAGUCCUCCUUCCACAAUCACGACGAAGCUUCUUCCUCAUCCAACGUUACCAACGACCGACAAUUUCGCCCAUCGUCGCCACCAAUGCGAUAUCCGGGGGAUGGCUUCGAUUACAGACGCCCCAUAAUGACAUCUUCUCCUCAGGUAGAAGACGUGAUCGACUUGACGAAUGAGCCCGAUUCUCCGGAAAACGUCCAGCAAGAAAGCUCGAACAGGGGCCCUCCUCGACAUGCAAGACCGCCUCGCUUUGGAAGAAACAUCAUGGCCGACGUGGUGGACCUCGAAGCAGAACCCGAACCUACAAAUGGACAAGAACCUCCGAGCAGUCCUGAUGUACAGUUUGUUGGAUCCAAUGUUCGACCACACGCUCCUACAGAAGACUUUAUAGGAUCAAACCUCCUGCAUAUGCUACGGUUUCAGCGUAGGCCCGCAGCUGUAUCGGAAGAAGAUGUAUUCAGACAAGAGGUUGCUCGAAGGGCACGACAACUCCGUCGACAUCAGACGCACGAGGUUGACACUUUAUGGAUCGGAGGUGGCGGGUUAACCAUCAAUCUCGAUGCAGAUGGUCUGAUUAUGGAAUAUCCUCGAACCGGUUAUACACCCGAGGCUAGAACUCAAAGAAGCACAUACAAACCACCCAGCCCACCGCCAGAAGGGUUUACGAGAAACGCCGGAGAGGAAGAUGUUGUCGUAUGUCCAAACUGCGAGGCGGAACUUGGGACCGGCGACGAGACAAAACAACAAAUAUGGGUGGCAAAGCCUUGUGGACAUGUUUAUUGCGGCGAAUGUGCCAGGCACCGCUCCCUAUCCAAGGCCAAGAAAGCAAAUCAAACUACGAAACCGUUUGCUAAAUGCCAGGUUGAGGAUUGCGGAAAGCCUGUCAGCGCACCAAAGUCGAUGUUUCAAAUCUACCUAUAACGCAGGGCGGCACCUUUCUCUUUUGAAGUUGUGAUACAGCGAAUUGCAUGACGUCGGUGUUAUGGCAGGAUUUCGUUU